CUCGACGAGUACCAGUGACAGACCGUAAUGCGUGACAUCUUGAUGCUGGAAGUCACGACCACUGAGCACUCACUGCAAAUCCGGGCAAGUUACGAUUCGAAAAUCAUUCCCGCGAGCCGGAUGCAGCGUAUGAUCUCGCAAUGGGUGUACUUGAGCAACUCACAGGAAAGGCGACACAAGCACCUCCAAUAACUCUCAAUGAGCUUUCCAGUGUAUGCCCGCAAGAUCUGGAUACAAUAUGGCAGCGAAACCAACAUUUGCCCGCUCUUGUCAACGAGCGGGUACAUGACAUAAUCUCCAGCGUUGCAUCGCAACGACCUGAAGCGCUUGCGAUCCAUUCGUGGGAUGGUCAGUUGACUUACGGAGAACUCGAUCGACUUUCAACAUUGUUGGCGCAUGAAUUGAUGUCCAGUAGCGUCAGACCAGGGAGCUUUGUCCCUCUCUUGUUCGAGAAGAGUCUCUGGGCUUCCGUGUCUAUGAUCGGUGUUAUUAAGGCCGGCGCUGCUUUUGUUCCUCUCGACGCUGAACAUCCGGAGGGUAGAUUGAGAGCAGUGAUGCAGAGCCUCAAGAGUGAAAUCAUCUUGUGUUCCGCUCAGACAAGAGACCUUGCUGCACGUCUUGCACCCGAUGCCAGGAUAGUCGGCACAUCCCUGACCGACGAGUGUUCGAGAAUUGGCCACAACGCAAUCGUUGCUGAUAUGAUAAACUCUCAACCCUCUGAUCUCGCAUACGCGGUAUUCACAUCUGGAAGCACCGGAAUCCCGAAGGGUGUAAGAAUUACCCACGCAAACCUGGCCUCAGUGCUACGCUAUCAGCCGGAGACGCUGGGAUUCCAAUCGACAACAAGGUCACUAGACAGCUCGUCUUACUCCUUCGACGCCGGCAUAUUCAACCUAUUUUACACUCUUGUCCAAGGAGGUUGCCUCUGCGUCCCUAGUGAUAACUCUCGUAAGGGGGAUCUUGGAGCUUUUAUGAGAGAAUACAAAGUCAAUCUCGCGCAGCUAACCCCAUCUGUAGUCAGAUCGAUGGAUCCUGCAUCCUUGCCAGAUCUCAAACACCUUAUACUCACCGGAGAGCCUCUCACACAAGGCGACAUCACUACCUGGGCUCCUCAUUUAUGUCUUGUCAAUGUGUAUGGACCGACUGAAUGCACCAUUAUGUGUUCGGCAGCAUCGGAUGUUGCUAGCAGUUCGAAAGCUUAUAACAUCGGACGCGGUCUAGGUGCCAACCUUUGGCUGACCAAGCUCAACCGCCCAAUGGAUCUCUGUCCUGUAGGCGGGAUUGGCGAAAUUCUGAUCGAAGGACCUUUGGUAGGAGCAGGCUAUGUUGGCAAAGAAAAUGAAGACCACCCGUCGCUUGUAGUCAACCCGCCAUGGCUUGUUUCCGGCACGACAGAUCAGCCCGGAAGGCACGGAAGAUUGUUCCGUACUGGCGACAUGGGGAAAUAUGCCGACGAUGGAACAAUAGUAUACAUCGGGCGUAUCGGAUCCGAAGUGAAGCUGAGGAGCCAGAGAGUGAACUUAGCCGAAGUCGAAGACAACUUACGGCGUACAAUGCCGCAGGAUAUGGAGCUUGCCGCCGAGGUAGUAUCCAUGAGGUGGGGACCAAAGAACCUGACACGCCAGAUUCUGUUGUCAUUCGUGAGUCAUGCUCAUGACCACGAUACAAGCGUCCUCGAAGAAAGGCUCCAAGAGCUUGGUCCCAAAGUCGACAUCCGUCUCGGCAAGGCUUUGGCAGCAUAUCUCAAACCAGAGGCCUUUGUGUCGUUACCAAGGAUGCCGAAGACCUCUUCGCAAAAGACAGAUAGACUUCGACUGAAGGAGAUCGGGGCACGCCUCCAACCUUCCCAACUCAUCUGGAUUGGAGGUAAUCAGGAGAAAGUAUCGCGGACGCCUCCAGCUACCCAGAUGGAGCGAGAUCUAGCCUCAUUCUGGGCCGAGAUUCUGGGCCUUGGCCUGGAGUCGAUAGGGCAGGAAGACUCGUUUUUCAGACUUGGUGGUGACUCCAUCGGAGUGAUGCGCCUCACUACAAUCGCGCACAAGAACGGCUUUUCGGUAACAGCCAAAGACGUCUUCAAGUCCCCGCAACUGAGCUAACUCGCGAUCACGAUGAAGCCCACAAGAGAGAUUCUAGGUAACGACACUGUGUCAUAUAUGCCUUUUACGCUCCUCCCGGAUGGGGUUGAUCGUGACGUCCUA